CUUUUCUAAACGACUAGCUAGACAACGGUAUAAAAACAAAGCUGGAGAGGGGAUCAAGUGGAAAGCUUUUCUAAACGACUAGCUAGACAACGGCAUAAAAACAAAGCUGGAGAGGGGAUCAAGUGGAAAGCUUUUCUAAACGACUAGCUAGACAACGGCAUAAAAACAAAGCUGGAGAGGGGAUCAAGUGGAAAGCUUUUCUAAACGACUAGCUAGACAACGGCAUAAAAACAAAGCUGGAUUUACUUUAAAAACUUUGCUCAUCUAUGUUCUUUUCACCUGAACUUGCUGUUUAAUGAACAGAAACUUACACUAUAAUAUGUGAACUAUUGUUGCAUUUAUGGCGUUGUUAAAAUAUGUAGUCUUAUUAUCCCACUUGUAAAACAGUUCAAUUUUGAGUACUCACAUUUAUGUUGGCGACUUUAUGCGCAUGUGCUUAAGGUAGACUAUGAGGUGGAAAAAUGACGAAAAAAUUCAAGAGGGGUGGAAGGCAAAGAGGCUUUUAUAAGAGCAUUCGCAUAUGUAGUACUUGUUUUCCCGUACUUCCGCGUGAACGAGAGUAUUAUUUGUAACAAAGAAACAACGAACAUUUUUUUAUUCGUUUCUUUGCGCAUUUUAUUGUUUUCGUUUAGUUGAGAUCAGAUAAAAAAUGAACCAAUCUUAACCUGGUUACAAGUGACGCUAGUACAGUCUAGUCUACAAUCUGCAAUUGGAUGGAAAGUGUCCGCGUGACUUACGGUUAAUCUUGAGAUAGGUAACGCUUUGUUCGAUCUGUCAAGGAAAAGGGGCAUUUCCCGGACUUACAUGAUCCGGUACAGUUAGAACGACUGCUGGUAGCAACGACUUCUAUAGCAACCCUACCAUCUUAGAGAAAACAUGAGAAGGUCGCAGAUAAAGAGAUAAAAUAUCUGAAGAAAACAUGCAGCAAGACACACGAAAGUGAGAGCGGAAUCAGAACAGUGAAACUGAAAGUAAAAGAGUAAGAGUAAGAGAAUUAGAGACAGAAACUCACAAUGUUUAUUCCGAUUCCCGCAGUUGGUGUAUGUCUUAUAUUGCUCAAUUUGAUUAGAAAUUCGUUAAGUACAACUCUUGAUGUAAGAACUAAGGCGAUGUUCUUGAGGAAACUGAUGGAGUUCUUAUCGAUCUUACAACUUGCGUGUUUAUUACCAGCAUACAGAUAAAAAAAAAGAGAGAAUCCAGAGAGCGAGGUUUUUAUAUAACUCCUGCCAACAACACGUGCUUUGGUUCUCAUCGUAGUCACGCAAUGAUUGUGAAGACCACAAAGAUUGUCUGUUUCAUAUGGCUGUGAUUGUUCUACUUCAACAUCUGAACAGCAAGUUGAAAGCCCUAAAGACCCUGUUAGCGUGUAAGGAUUAAAAAAAUCUCAUCUAGUACAAGAUUCGACUGUCUCGUGAACUCGUGUGAAAGAUAUAAGGUACGGGUUUGAGCACUGGAUCUCUCUAUCGUGUGUAUUAUUAGACAUAUAUAUAUAAUGAACACUGGCCAUAAUGGGGCGAAAGAUGUCUAACACGGAGUAACAAGUAAAGAAGGUUGCAGAGCUAUAGUGUAGAAAAACGGUUCCAGAAGAGUAGUAAUUGAGCUCCUCUAAACUAGGUUUAAGUAUACGGUAUUUUGGAUGUUAAUAAUUUUUCGUAUGGACUUCUUACUCCACUUUUUUAAAAAACCUUUUGGUCUCGUGCUGAGUUGAAGACAGAGAAAAUAAAGUGAUAGCGUAGAUCGUAUGUAGCCCUAACAACUUUCUUUUUUACCAUCUACUAAGCUGACUGACUUAGGUUUAUUCAUGUUUGAAGAACAAUUUACUGAGCAGAUAACGCAAAACCACUGGGACAGAAGAGGACCGGCUACGUUAACCUUUAAUCCCAACUCGCCUUUUACGGUCUUAUACUUGUUUGUUUGUUUCAGCGCUGAACUACAUAAUAAGUUAUCUGCAGUCUGUCCACCACGAGGAAUCGAACACUGGAUUUUGGCAUUGUGAAUUCGUAGAAUUACUGCUGAUCCACUGAUAUAAGAACACAGAUGUUACAAGAUAUCCUGGAGAGUGAGAGUUACCACUAAGUAAACUUCCAUACGGUGUGGCAGCGGACAGGACUUGGACGUCAGAAAAGUGUUAACAACUACAAAGAGGGGCAAAGUCUUUGCUGGGUAUCAACGGACAUAUAGAUGGUUUCUAUUAAUGUACUACACCUUUUAUAAACGAGAAAUUGUGUAUUUUAUAAAGACAGAAUUGCAGCCUUCAAUCCUUGUCACCAUAGGUUGAAGAUGGGGGAAACAACAACCUAUCACAUUCGACUUGUUGUUUUUGGUGGAGGAGGAGUUGGAAAAUCUGCAAUUCUCAAGCGAUUUCUUUUGAACACUUUUAACGAAAAGCAUUCCCCUACCGUAGAAGAUUUACACUAUUGUGAAUUUGCAAUUGGCACUCUUACUUUGAAAGUAGACUUUUUGGACACUGCAGGAGAUAAUCAAUUUCCCGCCAUGCGACGAUUGUCUAUUGCCACUGCUCAGGCGUUCCUAUUGGUCUACAGUGUUGAUAGUAGCGGCUCCUUUGAAGAUUUAAAGAAGUGUUUCGACGAAAUUCGUGAGCAGCGCAGUGACUUUCAAGAUAUUCCGAUUAUCGUUGUUGGAAAUAAACUGGAUCUGGCAGCUGGUAGAAGAGAAAUCCUCAAGGAAGACGUUGCAGAAUGGGUCUUCUGUGAAAUGCCACAGCUCUGUGUGAAAGUAAUGGAAUGCUCUGCUCGAGACAAUAUCAAUGUCCGGGAAGUAUUCAAAGCGUUCCUACAACUUUCCAAAAUUUCAAUUCCCGCCGAUACAACUGGUUUACAUCGUCGGUCCAGCGCUCAUGCUUCGGGAGCGAGCAAAUCCCGAUCCUCGGAGGAAACUACAGCUCAGCGGCGCAGUCGCAGUCUUAUUCGACGAGUCAGUAAGAAAAUGAAAAAAAAUCGAGAUAUUCCUCAUAGUGACACGGAAACAAACGAAUGUGUUACUUCGUGAAUUUGAUCUUGAUAUUUAAGUAAAGAUCCUAAGUUACAUGUAUUGAAGCUUAUCUACCGUUCUAAAUGACGUCUCAUUCCGAACUACUUUUUGUUUUCGUGAAGUUUAUUUCGCUUUUUAACAGAUAGCACAUGAUUAGCAAACUCGUUUAAAUUAUUCAAUUUAUUUAAAGUUUUGUCAUUAUUCUCAGUCUAUUUCGUAUUGUUUCCUUAAGUGUUACGUUUUCUUGUAAUUUAUACAAUGGCAAAUAUUAUCUGAAAAUCACUAUAGUUUAAGAGCCAGUGUAAACUGACAAGUGUGAUUUCCGUUGUUUUUUUCUUUCGUGUGAUUUGUUAUGAAUCAUGUUCUUGUUUAUCUUUCAAUGCACAGUUUAGUGAAUCAAAUUCUAUACAGUGUCAAUUUAUCUAAUUCAUUGGUUAACUGUAUAAGAUGAAAAUCGAAGUUCAACUCUUUACAAUAAAGAUAAAUAAUAAUUCUGAUUGAUUAACCUCACAAUGAACAUACUUACUAUAUUAAUCUACUGACGAAUUUGACAUCUGAAUUACUGUUAUUCACUUUGACCAUUUGUUGAUUGAAAUUAGUGAAAUAACAUUAUAUACUUGCAUUUUUACACCUUUUCGUUGUCUGUAUCUGUGAGGUUUUUCUUUAUUUGUUGUGAUGCGCAAUGUUACACAAUGGGCUAUGUGUGUGAACUGCCCACCGCGAGUAAUAAACCCUAUUUUUAGCGUUAUAAGCCCUCAGACUUAUGUGAAGAAAAAAAAGUACGUUAACUUGUUUUUUGAUCUUUUAACAUGCUUUGUACAAAAUUUUACCAAUGUUUCAAAGUGAAUAUUUGAAUAAUGCUAGUUUAAUUAAAAUGUUUAUUAUGUCCUGUAUAAGUGUUCAAGCUCAGUUUUUUAUCUAUAUGUGAUAAGUUUCCAUCACCAAAUAUCGUUAUUUUUCCAACACUUUUCGUACAUGUAUAAGAAAUGUCGAAACAUACGUUUCUUGUACGACAUUGUAAAUUUUUGUAAUGAGUUAACGAAUGGGGAGAGGAGCUACCCACAAUGAACUACAGUACCUCCAUAUGCAAGUACCUCCAUAUGCAUUCAUGGUGGUAUUUAAUUUUUAGCCACAGCAUAGUGGCUCGUAUAAUGGCUCCGAGUUUUUCAAGUACAGCUUACAGCCCCGUCAUUUCAUGACCGAUUGGAGAUCUAAUUAUAUACAGUUUUGGACUCACGAGAUCAAACUCUUUCGACUGAUGUCUGUGACCACGCCCAAGGUCUCAUAGAUUAAUUUAAUUUAAUUCUGCCUAAAACAAU